AUGAAGGAGCUCCAGAAUCUUCCACUGGGCGCUACGAGGUCCGCCAAGAUCUUUGAACAGGACCCUGACGAGGGUUGGACGAUGAUGCAGCACUUCCACGCGAUACCGGAUGAGCUCCUGCGGUCCACCGUCCUUGGCACUGUGGCGUACAACGACGUCCAGCACCAAAACCACUUGCCCGACUACUUUGAAGAUGGGCCCGGCGUCUACGUGAUUGCCAUUUCGAUCGAGGGCCGCAGCGGGGCCUUUCUCGAUACCAACGAAAUCGAGAUGCUCACCAAAGAAUGGCAACCUACCUUGAAGCCUACGACGCCGCCAAAUUGA